GUGAAGGGAGGGUGUGCUAAUGUUUACAACCGUGUGACUGGAUAUCCCUUUACUCUUUAAACUGCCACUUUUCUGAGGCGAUUUCAUGCGUGUGCAAAAUGGCUCUUAAAUCAAAUUGCAACGUGGAUGACUUCCCCUGGGAUUCAGAUUGGUGUUAACAGUGAAUCUGUUGCUGGAUCAUACUGCGAAUCAAAGCUGGCACUCCAGAGAGCGCGGCGGUAACAUUUCAGAGGCUUCAUCGUGGUGGCAUUCGGCGUCCUGAUGGAGUGGGUGUUCAUCAUGAACCGGAUGGGCUCUCAGAGCAGCUCUGCGGCCCAGCGGAGGCGGAUGGCUCUGGGGGUGGUGAUACUCCUGCUGGUGGAUGUCAUCUGGGUGGCUUCUUCAGAACUGACCUCAUACAUUUUCAAGCAAAAGGAGUACAACAAGCCCUUCUUCAGCACCUUCACCAAGACCUCCAUGUUUGUGUUGUACUUGCUGGGCUUCCUGUUGUGGCGGCCCUGGAGGCAGCAGUGCACCGGCUCGCUCAAACGCCGGCGCUCAGCUUUUUUUGCUGAUGCUGAGGCCUACUUCGCAUCCUGCACGACUGACAGCACUGUGAAUAACUGUCUGAGUGAACCACUGUAUGUGCCGGUGAAGUUCCAGGAUGUGCCCACGGAGCACUCGCACAGCCUGAUCGGAGACUGUGACACAACAUCCAAAAAGCAGCGGGUGCGUUUCAGUAACAUCAUGGAGGUGCGUCAGCUGCCCUCCACUCAGGCCCUGGAGGCCAAGCUUUCCCGCAUGUCCUACCCCGCCGCCAAGGACCACGAGGCCAUGCUGCGCUCGGUGGGCAAGCUCACCAUCACAGACGUGGCUAAAAUCAGCUUCUUCUUCUGCUUCGUGUGGUUCCUGGCCAACCUCUCCUACCAGGAGGCUCUGUCCGACACGCAAGUCGCCAUUGUCAAUAUUCUGUCCUCCACCUCAGGCCUGUUUACGCUCAUCCUCGCAGCCAUAUUUCCCAGCAACAGCAGUGACCGGUUCACCCUGUCCAAGCUCCUGGCCGUGGCUUUGAGCAUGGGUGGUGUUGCCCUUGUGAGUCUCUCCAGUAUGGACAACCCUGAUGAAAAAGGCGUUAUUGGGACUCUGUGGUCUCUGGCCGGCGCCGUGCUCUACGCAGUCUACAUCGUAAUGAUCAAGAGACGAGUGGAUCGGGAGGAUAAGCUUGACAUUCCAAUGUUCUUUGGGUUUGUGGGUUUGUUCAACCUGCUGCUGCUGUGGCCGGGCUUCCUCUUGCUCCACUACACGGGCUUCGAGGCCUUCGAACUCCCCAGUCAGCUGGUGUGGACGUACAUCCUCAUCAACGGCCUCAUUGGAACCGUCCUCUCCGAGUUCCUCUGGCUCUGGGGCUGUUUCCUCACGUCUUCUCUAAUUGGGACUCUAGCAUUAAGCCUCACCAUCCCGCUCUCCAUUAUGGCUGAUAUCUGCAUGCAGAAAGUUCGGUUCUCGUGGUUGUUUUUUGCCGGAGCGGUCCCCGUCUUCCUCUCCUUCUUCAUCGCCACGCUUCUGUGUCACUACAACAACUGGGACCCCGUCCUGGUGGGGCUGAGGAGACUAUACGCCUUCAUCUGCAGGAAACACCGCACUCAGAGGCUGCCUGAAGACAGCGAGCAGUGCGAAAGCCUCAUCCCUCUGCACGACGUCUCCGCCAGCGACGGGAGCUUCUGUUCCUGAUCCAGCCGCCGAAACCCAAUGGGAGCAGCGUGGAUCGCACACGGCCAGAGACAUUUAUCUUCACCCCAGUGCCUCUUAUCAGAUCUAUUUAUUUUCUACAGUGUUUUACAUUUUCACAAGCUCUACUUUAUUUUCACUUUGUUUUUUUUUUUUGUUUUUUUGUCUGUGUGUGAAACACUUGACGGUACUGGACGUCGUCGUUUCUUACUGUGACCAAAUGAAGCGGUACAGGUUGGUACAGACCACAUCAAUCGGAGAAGGUCAUCUGAAGACUCGCCGCUUGUUUUUUAUUUUUAUUUUUUUUGAAGACUGAAUACGUCUUUAAAAAGAAAUUCAAUGAGAAGGUUGAGUUUUCCAUAGAAAACUGGAUCUCUCCUCAUAUGAGUGCGAAAGUCAUUCAUAUAUUCUGUAAUCUCCUUUUCUUUGUGGGAUUUUUGUGACCAACAGUCAACAUUUCUGCACACGUAAUCACAAAAUAUUGAACUCUGAUUUCCAUUCAUGAAGAAGAAACACUACAACUGGGCAGGAAAGCUGCUCCGAGCGCAACACUGCCCCCCCCAGAGGACAGACUGCCAUGAGGGGGCGGAGUCGACGCCGCCUGGUCGUAAACUCUCUGCCAUAAGCUAUAAAAAGGCCUUCGCUGCAAUAAUGGCUCCUCUGCUCGAACGAGCAGUUUCCCUUUCAGAAGUGGCUG